CGCACUGGAGCCCGUGAGCAGAGUCGCGGCUCGUUUAGUAUUCCGUGCACAAGGCAACGGAAGGGAGGGCAGAGAGUGAAAUAUAAAGGAAAAAACGAGGCUGUGAGACAGGCGAAAACACAGAAAGAGAGGAGGAAGAGGGGAGCGGAGAGACACCUCCUCUGUCCCUCUCGGUCUGCUCUUUGGCAUCCGUCUGUCCCAGAUCACACGCCAGACUAAUGGAGAGCAUUAAUGCGCUGAUUCGGCAGGAAGAGGAGAAGCUAACGAACGAGUGUCGGUGAACAUCUUGACCCGAGUCUUGUCCUGAAUGACUUAUGGCUGUACUUGAGGCUUUGACUGAUUGAUGGAAUGGCUGCGAAAGUGGCACCUCGUUCGAGAGAAACUAUCCACCUCACAAUGAAAGACCAAUGACAUUUUACAGACCUAAAAAGCAUGAAAGAACAGUCUAUCAGAAUGAUAGAUGGAUGGUCCGCUCAAUAAGAAGGCAUCCCAUCGGAGAAAGAAACAUAGGUCUGAUUUCUUGAGGGACUUCACUGGCUUAGAGAGAGAAAAACACGCUGAUGAAAGAAGGCAAUCGGCAAAUCGAUUGAAAGAUCUAUAGAUUUGGCAACUCUUACCGGCAUUUUGCUGUUUUCGGUAACGCAGAGAGGGGAUGAAGGAGGAGUGGAUAGAAAAACUUGGAGGAGAGAAAAGAGAAACAGAGAGCAAUAGAGAGGAGAAAUAAAGCCACUGUAGAACAUUCCAGAAAUACAGCCGUGGACCACAAUCAACAUUACAGUUUGAAUGAAAAAAUAGGAAAGACGCUGGAACGGGCUGAAAUUCAACUCUGACCCGAUGCUGCUUUAAGUACUUACCCUGCGAAUACUCUCCUCUACUCUCCCGACUGAAUGUUUAACUGAGAGUAAUAGCCCAGCAAAUCUAGGCUAUGCUUUCUGAACAACAGCCCUUAAUAUAGUACCACUGUUUAUUCAUUGAGGAAAAUACUAUUUAAUCAGGUCUUGACCUGCUUUACAAUGACAAGGUCUCAGGGGUGUCAGUGUCAUAAUUCAUAAAAAAAGAGUCCAUUUUAUUAUUGAGAGGAGUGAUUGUGACUCACUUACCAAUGGGUUUCGAGGCCAUUAAAGGUUUCAAUUAACAGACAUAAGGAGACCUUGACAGCUCCUUGUUGAAACGUUGUCCUUCAGAAUCCAAAAUAAGAACGUCCUGUUUUAUUGGAUCCAUACGGUAUAAAGUGGCCGUACACACCCUUUCCACUCAAGCGCCGUCCAAUUGGUGUGGACGGUGAGGGCUGCGCCGCGAUUGGCCGAGAGCAGGGUGGGUGUGCAAUGCGGAUUGGAGGAUGUCGGGGGACUGGGAAGACGACCUUUGUAAGAAGGCGUUGGUGCUGGUGGAGGAGCUUUGCUUCCGGUCUGGAGGCUUCAGCCAGAGUGAGAGCUGCCAAGAAUUCAACUACAUGAUGAGAGGACCCAACAGACAGAUGAACACAGAGAUCUCCGUGAGUCUGCUCUCUGUCAUCGUAACGUUCUGUGGCAUCGUGCUGCUCUCUGUUUCUCUCUUCGUCUCCUGGAAGCUUUGCUGGUUGCCGUGGAGAGAUAAGGAAGGAGGAGGUCUGAGCUUGACGUCAGGACUCCUGCCUGGCGGUGUCGGUUUGGGUGGGGUGGGGGGCGGAGGGGGCUCCUCUCUCCUCCCUCCCCCGUUGCAGAGGAAAGAUACACACUCCUCUUCCUCGCUGUAUCCCACACUUCCCCAUGGUCAGCAUCACCCCCAUUUCUCUGACAUGAUGGGUGUGGAGGGUGGAGGAGGGCUGGUGGUGGGGGGUGUGGUUGGGGGUCCGCAGGAGAUGCAGGAGCAUUCCUACCUAGACAUGGACUCUUAUCCCAACAAUGCUGCAAACCUUAAGUUGAGCCAGACAUCUCCCGAGUUGCCCCCAGCAACAGAAGCAGCCUCAGCUGCGAAAGACCUGCCCAAUGCCCACUCGCAGCAGCAGGUCACCACCAGGCCUAAGACCAUUACUCACCAGCUCUCCAGUCCUGAUUUCCACGGUGAGGAGAAGAGUGAGCAGCUGACCAGCAUCGGGCAGAUCAAACCAGAACUCUACAGGCUGCGCCAAGGAGACCAGGGGGACGGCAAACAGGGCGACACCUGCGGCAAAAUCAGCUUCCUCCUGCGCUACGCCUUCAACACGGAGCAGCUGGUGGUUAAGAUACUGAAAGCCCUCGACCUCCCGGCAAAAGACGCCAAUGGGUUCUCCGAUCCUUAUGUCAAGAUCUACUUACUGCCUGAUAGGAAGAAGAAAUUUCAGACUAAGGUGCACAGAAAAACUCUCAACCCUAUAUUUAACGAGACGUUCCAGUUCAGCGUGCCGCUGGCUGAGCUCCACUCGCGCAAGCUCCACUUCUCCGUCUACGACUUUGACCGUUUCUCCAGGCACGACCUCAUAGGGCAAGUGGUGGUGGAUAACCUGCUGGACUUCAGCGAGGGGACUGGGGAGAAGCCUAUUUGGAGAGACAUAGUGGAAGGAACCGUGGAGAAAGCUGACCUGGGAGAGCUGAACUUCUCACUGUGUUACCUGCCAACAGCCGGCCGAUUGACCGCCACCGUCAUUAAAGCCACCAAUCUGAAAGCCAUGGACCUCACAGGUUUCUCAGAUCCGUACGUCAAAGCAUCUCUGGUUUGUGAUGGUCGACGGCUGAAAAAGAGGAAGACGUCCAUAAAAAAGAAUACUCUUAAUCCUACGUAUAAUGAAGCUCUGGUGUUUGAUAUUCCUAAUGAGAACAUCGAGAACGUGUCGGUGAUCAUCGCUGUCAUGGAUUAUGACUGUAUCGGUCAUAAUGAGGUGAUCGGGAUGUGCCGUGUGGGCAGUGAUGCUGAAGGGCCGGGAAGAGAGCACUGGACAGCCAUGCUGGCAAAUCCCCGCAAACCUAUUGAACACUGGCACCAGCUGGUGGAGGAGAAAUCCAUAACUACAUUCGUGUCAAAGAGUGCCGCAGGCUCCCCUAAGCCAAACAUAGUGGUGGACAGCCCUCACUCUGAGUAGAGAUGUCAGCAUUAUCUUUUUAGCAACAGAAAUCCAUUCUUUCUUUUCACCUGUGAAUAACUGUUCAUCAAGACAGAACCAGAGAAGAGAGACUGUGCUUGUGUUAGUGCUUUUCCUCCCUGCAAACCCAACACAAUAUUAAGAGAUCCACCUAGACCUGGAACACACACACAUAUAGACAACACAACCAUACAAAAACUUGGAAUCAUAAUAAAACUCUGGCAUGGAUGGUAUUGCUUCAGGAAUGAUGUUAACGUCAAAAUAUGUAACGAUUUAUUCAGGGGAACAAUGAUGAACAUUCCCACUUUAAAAAUAGAUGAUCUUUAUUUAGUUAUUUAAAACUGAGCCUAAAACAUUUUAAUUACUUAGACAAAAGAAUCAGGCGAGAAACCUGAUCAAUUCUGGACCACGAAUGUGUGUGUGUGAGUGCAUGUGUGUGUGUGAGAGUUUGUACGAGUGUCUGUGUGUAGCUAUAAAAACAAAAAAUCUAUACAAAGUGUUUUCAGUCGGACAAGUAUUUGGAGUGGUCUUCUCUGCCAAUGCAGAACACUAGCAACUGUUUCCUAAAUCUCUGGAGAGGACUACUUUAUUACUGUACCCAUCUGGAGAAGGAGGAAUAAGGACGGACGCAUUGGCCAAUCACGUUGUGCAGUGUUCAAAUGUGUCCCUCUGCCUUUCGCAUUUUUAUCACCUUCUGCUUGGAGCUCAUUGAGAUCAGCAAUUCAUUUUAUUUUGUUUAUUUACCAUUGUUGUUCUACCAGAUAAGAAAGGAACAGUUGGUGCGUUUGCAAAUAUGUUUCCCCAGCCCGGACGCACUGGCAAGUUGAAUUCCAUCGAGGACUCUUCCACGGAGCUAACAUUGAUUUCAAAUAUUGCCCGAGGACCCUAUCUAGGAUGGACCUUGGAUUGACGUGCACGUCCUGGGAAAAGAUUUGACCAUAGUAUUUUAUUUUUAUACCACACCAGGAUUUUUUUGAGUUCUCUCAUUUCAAAAGAGGAAGCGGGUGCUCUACAUGACCCCUCUGCCAGGAGGACCGCUUCGGAAAGACUCCUUCCCGUGUACCUACAUGUUUGUGGGAGUAUUCUUUUGUGUCGAUAUGCGUUUGCUCGUCGGUUCGUGUGUGCGUGCGUAUGCCCGUGUGUCGUAUAUGUCACUGUGACCCCGUGUUUACCACCAACGUCUCGCACCCCCUUGCCCCGUCCUUUCUCCUGCACAGAGUUUUUGUUUUGAACAAUCAAAUCGUGUCGCCUGUCCUGUGUCUUAGAUGAACUAUUUCCUGUUGCACUAGGUAGGGACAGGGUGCGUUUCUCAGAUGCGGUCGUAGAAUGUGCUGUUGACCUGUCUCUGUUGUUUCCCUAACACUGAAAGUGUCCCUAGCCUGAUCUGUGUUCUCGUGUUGGGUGUUCUUAUUUCCUUUUUUUGGUAAAUGUGCUAUGUGUGUAAGAGGGGACAAACCUAUGGUGGCCAGGAAAUAAAUGUAGGACGUUUUUAAUUGUCUUUAAAAGAAAAAGACUCUUCAUCUCUUUCGGCUGAGCGUUCCUUGUGAACAGAGAUAAAGAGGGAGACUUGUAGACUCAUUUUAGCGCCACGAGGGUCCCGACACGGAUUUUGUUUGACAUCUCUGUACAGUCUUUGUAUAUCAGAAUAGGCGCUUCUAAUAUAUCGACCAAGAACAGCUACAUUUAUCAGUUCACGUACCCUUGAUAUCCAGGUUCACUGCAGCUAUUAAUAUCGCAGUACAGCCACUGCCAAUGCUAUUGCACAUACCCCUCAACGGAGGAAUACUAAAUUACCAAUCACAAACACUCAUGAAAUGUAUAUCAGUAUAAUUAUUUUCCACGCCAGCCCCUGAGCUCAUAUUUUUACCAUUUCUAUUAUUAAUCACACGUCGGGCCAAGCUAUCGAGCUUGGACUCGCACGCGCGCACACACACAAGCGCUGGUGUGUGCUCAGUCUUGAGUCCGUUAUCAUAUAUCACCUCUUGUUGUUUUCUAAGAGCCCAUUGAUUCCGUCAUACACGUAGAUGUGGUAUCGACCCACAGCCCCAUCCAGCUCCUGUCUGCAGCCCUGUGUCUGAGGACAACACACUUCUGCUGCCUUUGAUCUUACACUGUGGAGGCACGUUCUCUGUAGAGUGAUCUUUGAACCCCUCUGUCAGCUUCCGCACUCACCUCUCGUUUUUACGAUACGUCCGUCUUUCAUUCCGUUUCUCUCUCUCUUUUUUUCAGCCUCGGCCUGUAUUUCUCUACGUUUGUCUCCCCUCUUUCCUCUGUCUCUCUGUGUCAGUGCAAUUCUGAAUGAUCCCGAGGAAAUGUGUUUGCAUGCUUAUAUUAACAUGGAUGAUGUCAACUUGAUGCAAUGAUAAUUUAAUAAGUGAUGAUCAACACAAAAUUUGACAAUGAACUUGAUACUAACAGUACUAAUGACAAACAUGUUGACCUGUUCAAUAUCAUUGAAACACUGACGAUCAGUGAUGUUGUUAAUAUUGUAUAUCCUCUUUGAAAUGGUAUUACAGUUUCUGGAUAUAUUUUCGUUUGUAUGUUGGUUCGUUUGCUUUUUUAGUUUUCUUCGAAAGGUUUACUUUUUUAUAUGUUCAGAUUAAGCUGAGAGCAAGAUGUAAAUGAAACGCAGUCAGGGCGAGAACAUUUCAGCUGAAAAAAAAACAAAAAAUGAAAACAAUAUUGAAAAAAGCAAAAAAAUAAAAAAAUCCCCCAAAAAACUGUUAGGAGGAUGAUUAUGUGAAUGAUUAAGAAGAUGAAUCUAAGGCUGGAGCAAUGAUGGCUGAAAUAAAACAUAUGUAUGAAAAUCAUUACCACCUGAUACAACUACACAUUUGUCUGUUCGUGUGAAGCAGUGUUGAUAAGGUGUGGAUCAUCUUUCCUUUUACCUCUUGAUUUUUAUGUGCAUUAUGUUAAUUAUUUAGUUACUCUCAUAAAUCGUUUAUUCACAGGGAAUCCACUUCAUAUAAAUGCAGCAUUGCAUUCCUCAUUUUCACUGUUCUGUUUUUCCCUGGGCAAGCAAACGCAUAUCUAAGGGAUAGUUCACCCAAUAAUGAAAAUUCUGUCUUCCUUUACUCAGAUUGUUCCAAGCCCAUAUACAUUUCAUUGUUUUGCUAAACACGAGGGAAGAUAUUUGCAAGAAUGUCAGUAACCAAACAGAUCUCAUCCCCCCAUUGACUCCCAUAGUAUUUAUUUUCCCUACUAUGGUUGUAACUGAUGGGGGAUGAGACAUGUUUGGGAACAUUCUUCCAAAUAUUUUCCCUAAUAUCUUCCAGACAUUUAUAGUGAGUAAAUGAUAAAACAAUGUAAUUUUUAGGUGAACCAUCCCUUAAGAUCCUAUCUAUAAAUUUAAGCUGACCCUCUUCUCACACCUUCGGCCUCAUUCUCCACAUCAGUUGUAUCUCUUGGAAGCUGAACAUCCGCUCAAAAGUCAAUGCUUGUUUCAUCUGCCUCCAUCUUGCCUGCUCUCCGAGUCCUCAUCUGUGUUCAUGUGAGUCUAACGCACCGUUCAUGGGAGCCACAGAAUAUCUGUAGUCAGCACUCUCUUCCAAGCCUCCACACUGACACACACAGAUACAGGAAGAGAGACAGAGGUGAAGGGAAUUACUGUGUGUCGACUACAAAUCCGAGCAAAGCAGGGGGAACGUUCUUGAAAGAGACCAGCAUGAUGAGAAAUCUGAAAGAAGCAUAAACAGGAUUAAGAGAAAAAUACAUCUAACGGAAAAGCAGAACAAUGGAAAAGAAACAAGUUGAGUGAAAUGGAAUUAGUUGUGCGGGUGGAUUGUACGGGUGUGUAAGGACAAGAUAGGAUAGAAGGAGAGAGAAACAGAAAGGGGACGAGGAUUUGUUCGUUCACAGGCAAACUAAGAAGUAGUCUACACCUGCGGUGGCCCGCACAACCAGAGACGCUUCUGAGGUGAAGACACGCCAGUUAGCACGACUACCCGUUCCUCAAUACACACACUUACACAGAAGGGCGGGGGUCGGGGGAGCCGCAGUCUCCAUGGCAACGUCCCCACAGUGCAAAAAAAUCAUUUAGUCAGAAAGAUAUUUCACCCGGCUCAGUGAGCUGAGAGAGAUGGGAAUAGAGAAGGAGAGAGGGGGUGAUCAGAAGGGAGACACUUGAGAAGGCGUGGUAUGGAGAAGUCGGGAAAAUGAUGGAGUAAAAUUAUUAGUGUGGUGCAAUUAUCAUUACCACUAAUAGCCAUGAAUGGCGAAUGCUGGGUUCAUUUUCACAGCCGGAGAAAACAUCCAUUGUGGGAAGCUGUUCAUUUCGGCACUGACAGCCGUGGAUAUUUUGAGAAAAUAUUUAUUCGUUUUACAGGAUUCAUUAUCCCACACAGCAGAGCGAUGCAAAUGUUUAUGUAAUAUGUCUCGUGUUCGGUUGUGCAUGAACUGUCUCUCCUGGUUAUCACCUGUUUCUGCAGCACUCAUUUCAUUAUUAUAAAAGGUAUCUCUGAGUCUAUUGUGCUGUAGUCCCAGUAACCCAGAGGUAGUGGUAGUAUGCAUAUGGGCGUGUACGCUCUGGUUGCCUGUUGUGAGUUCCAGAUGGCUUCUGUCUCCCAGCAGAGAGGACCAGUAAGGCUGCCUGUUUAAGUCAGAGCCACCUGGAGGACACAUCUCUUGAGAAUAAUGUCGGACGUCCAAAAACAAGUCAUAACAUCCUGUUUCAAUGUGAAAUAAGCGGACCGCUUAAAUGCCCAGGGUGAUGCUCAAGAGCUGACAGUAAUAAAGCUCAGACAGGCAAUAUUGAUAAUUAAAAGACACUUAGAGAGGUAAUUUUUCAAACGACUUUAACGUCACUUUUUUUGCUAAUAGGAUUCCUCAUUUAUGGCCAGUUCUCACAAAAUUUCUGUGUAUUAUCCAGGAAGAAUUUACAUUUCAAACUAUGUUAUAGGAGGCAUGGACAACUUCAUUCACUAUAUUUUAAAUUCUUUUGGACCAGCGCAACAUAAAAUAAUAAAAAAUACACUAUAAAAUGUUUUUGUGAACAUUUAACUUUACUGUUAAAAUAUUUUUCACACCAUGAAAGAAUAUUAGCGGAAUAAAUAGAGAUCACUCCA